UGAGAUGAGAUAUGCUGAUAUGGCCCACAAGUAUCGACGCGAGGCUAUCUUUCGUCAUGUACAGAAGCAGAUUAGUCUUGAGAAGAAGUUGGAGCAAGAAGAAGACAAAGUAUCCAGCGAACCAUGUACAAGAGAGGCAGAUCGUUUCAACAAGAGGCAACCAAGCCUUCAGAAACUCGAUGACAAGUUCCUGGUUUACACCGGAAGAGGAAAAAUAGUCGAGAUUCCAACUGAUUCCAACUAUAGCAACGAAGCGUUUCUGAAACUAAAGGAAGCCACAAGCAUCAAGCACCAAAGGUUUAUGCCGAUGGCACAGAAAGGCAUCGUCAUACCUCCGGCAUCUUCUCGCGAUGUUGGAGCACCAGGGCCAGUCGUCCAGAGGAUUCGAGCGAGAUCAAAUGACAUGAUGUCGCUGAUAACCUCAAGGGACGUCAGGCAGUAUCAGGAGACCAUGCUGCGCAACAAGCAGCACUCGCGGAGGUCUUCCCUGCAUAACUUCGUCUGCGAGCUUGAGAGACGAAGAAGCUCCUUGCAACAGGGCGAAGAUCGAGCUUAAGCAUCGCAAACCUCACCAGGACUCGAAUGUCUCAUUGCUCGGAAUGUGAUGCUCCUGCGCUCAUGUUAUUGUUUAUCUGCCAUAGUUACGGUCACGUUUCAGACCAACUUGAGAUUCAUUUCUAGAUGUCAAACUGUCAAUAGCAAGCAUGAUGUAU